GCUCACCCCCACUGAGGGGGGCGGGCUCAGCCAAUCACAGCCGCAUGCGCUACCGUAUCCGGGCAGACCAACGGCGCCUCAGCCAAUCAGAAAAAAGAAGGGGCCGCGCGCGGAGAGCGAGGGGCGCGUCCACUUUCGGUUCGCGCGGGGGGCGCGGGGCACGUGGCGGGACCCCUCCCCUCCCCCUCCCCUCCCGGGGCCCCCCGAUCCGGACGGGACCAGCAGGACACGGCUGCCAUGGCUGACGAGGAGCUGGGGACCAGAGCUACCAGGAAGGGCACUCUGUCAGCCCGGGGCGGUGCCACCGAGUCCAGCACUCUGCUCCAGGAGCUCCGGGGCAACAUCUCCAAAUCCGUGCAGAGCAAGGUGGACUCCAUCCUGCAGGACGUGCAGAAGUUCUCGGACAGCGACAAACUCUACCUGUACCUGCAGCUGCCCUCGGGGCCCAGCCUGGGCGAGAAGAGCAGCAGCUCCUCUCUGGAGCUGAGCGCGCUGGGCACGGCCGAGCACAUGCACGCCUGCAGCUGGAUCCGCAACCACCUGGAGGAGCACACGGACACCUGCCUGCCCAAGCAGGACGUCUACGACGCCUACAAGCGCUACUGUGACAACCUGGGCUCCCGCCCGCUGAGCACGGCCAACUUCGGCAAGAUCAUCCGCGAGAUCUUCCCAAACAUCAAAGCCCGGCGCCUGGGGGGCCGUGGGCAAUCCAAGUACUGCUAUGGUGGGAUCCGGAGGAAGACCAUGGUCAGCCUUCCUCCACUGCCCAGCCUGGAUCUCAAAGUGACCGAGACGCAGGCGGAGCUGGCCGAGCUGGCGCAGUCCUACAGCAGCGAGGUGACCGAGGCCGCGUGUGCCCUGACGUGCGACUGGGCCGAGAAGAUCCUGCGGCGCUCCUUCAACAACAUCGUGGAGGUGGCGCAGUUCCUGCUGCAGCAGCACAUCAUCAGCCCCCGCUCGGCCCACGCCGACCUGCUCAUGGCCAUGGUGCUCUCAGAAAACACGGACAAGCCCCCGCAGGACCCCCGGCCACCCGCAGCCCCCAAAAAGAACGGCCUGGACGCCCCGGACAGCAGCCAGGAGCAGGCCAAGAAGGACGCUGUCGCCAAGGGCCCCGCGCAGCCGCGGCCGGAGAAGAAGAAGCCCCCGGAGCCGGCUCGGGCGGCCAGCAGCCCGCAGGUGAACGCGCUGGUGGCGCGGCUGCCGCUGCUGCUGCCCCGCAUCCCGCCCCCGGAGCGGCCCCCGGGCCCCGGCGCGGCCCCCGCGCCGCCCGUGCUGGUGCCGCGGCUGGGCGGCACCGUGAAGGUGGCACUGCCGCUGCCCGUGGGCGCCGCGCUGGCCCCGCCCGCCGCCAUCCCCGUGCUCAACGUGCUGCUGCCCGGCGUGGGGGUCCCCGCGGCAGAGACCCCCGGCGGCGGCGCCCGCGCGGGAGGGGACAGCGAGGGACAGCGCGGCAGGGCCACCAAGCGCGCCCUGGAGGGAGCGGGGGACGGCGGCGCGCACAAGAGGAGGCGCGGGAGGCCCCGCAAGAGGCCCGGGGACGCGGCCGUGUCACCCGAGGACGCGGAGGUCCCCAGGGGGGAGGAGGGCGGGGACUCGCCCCCGUUGGCGUCACCCGGGGCUGGCAGUGCCACCGUGCCCGCUGGGGACAGGGGGGUCGCUGGUGACGCUGCUGAGGAUGGUGGGGACAGCAUGGAGGUUGACAGUGACACAGUGACUGGUGGGGACAGCCCGGUCAGUGGCAGUGCCAGCGUCCCCCUUAGUGACAGCUCGGUCAGUGGCACUGCUACUGUCCCCCUUGGGGACAAUGGCACUGCCAGCGUCCCCCUUAGUGACAGCUCGGUCAGUGGCACUGCUACUGUCCCCCUUGGGGACAGCCCAGUCAAUGGCAGUGCCAGCAUCCCCCUUAGUGACAGCUCGGUCAGUGGCAGUGCCAGCAUCCCCCUUAGUGACAGCUCGGUCAGUGGCAGUGCCAGUGUCCCCCUUAGUGACAGCUUGGUCAGUGGCACUGCUACUGUCCCCCUUGAGGACAAUGGCAGUGCCAGCAUCCCCCUUGGGGACAGUGGCAGUGCCACUGUACCACUUAGUGACAGCUUAGUCAAUGGCACUGCCACCAUCCCCCUUAGUGACAGCUCAGUCAGUGUCAGUGCCACCGUCCCCCUUAGUGACAGCUCAGUCACUGUCAGUGCCACUGUCCCCCUUAGUGACAGCUUGGUCAAUGGCACUGCCACCAUCCCCCCUAGGGACAGCCCGGUCAGUGUCAGUGCCACUGUCCCCCUUGGGGACAGCUCUGUUAGUGGCAGUGCCACCAGCCCCCUUGGGGACAGCCCAGUCAGUGGCAGUGCCAGCUUCCCCAGUGGUGGCUCUCCUGGUGGUGGCAGUGCCACCGUCCCUGUCAGCGACAAGCCAGUCCCUGGCAGUGCCACUGUCCCUGUCAAGGACAGCUCACCCAUGGCGAGUGACACUGGGGACAGGCCAGUCACUGGCAGUGCCACCAGCCCUGCCAGGGACAGGCCAGUCAGGGUCAGUGACACUGGGGACAGGCCUGUCACUGCCAGUGCCAGCACCGAGGACAGGCCAGUCACUGGCAGUGCCACUGUCCCUAUCAGGGACAGCCCAGCCAGGGUCAGUGAUACUGGGGACAGCCCAUCCCAGGGCAGUGCCACCACUGAGGACAGGCCAGUCACUGGCAGUGCCACUGUCCCUAUCAAGGACAGCCCAGCUGGUGGCAGUGCCAUUGCACCAGUCAAGGACAGCCCAUCCCAGGGCAGUGCCACCAGCCCUGCCAGGGACAGCCCAGCCAGGGUCAGUGACAUUGGGGACAGGCCGGUCACCGCCAGUGCCACCACUGAGGACAGCCCAGCCAGGGUCAGUGACUCUGGGGACAGGCCAGUCACUGGCAAUGCCACCAGCCCUGCCAGGGACAGCCCAGCCAGGGUCAGUGACACUGGGGACAGGCCGGUCACUGGCACUGCCACCAUGGAAGACAGGCCUGUCCCCAGCAGUGCCACCGUCCCUGUCAGGGACAGCCCGUCCAUUGCCAGUGGCACUGCUGGGGACAGGCCAGUCACCAGGAGUGCCACCAUUCCCAGCAGGGACAGCCCAGCUAGUGGCAGUGCCACUGUCCCUGUCAAAGCCACUCCAUCCAGGGGCAGUGCCACCACAGGGGACAGGCCAGUCAGUGUCAGUGACAGUGCCACCGGCCCUGUCAGGGACAAGCUGGUCCCUGGCAGUGCCACUGUGCCCUGUAAGGACAGCCCCUCCAGGGACAGUGGCACUGGGGACAGGCCGGUUACUCGGGGAAGUGCCACUGUCCCCACAGCUGGUGGCAGUGCCACCGUCCCUGUCAAGGAAGGUUCAUCUAGGGGCAGUGCCACCACUGGGGACAGCCUGGCUGGUGGCAGUGGCACUGUCCCUGUCCAGGACAGCUCACCCUGGGCCGGUGCCACCACAGGGGACAGGCCGGUCACCAGGAGUGCCACUGUGCCUGUCAGGGACAGCCCAGCUGGUGGCAGUGCCACUGCACCAGUCAAGGACAAUCGGGCCAGGGGCAGUGCCACCACUGGGGACAGCUCAUCCCGGGGCAGUGCCACCGUCCCUGUCAGGGACAGCUCACCCAGGGGCAGUGCCACCACUGGGGACAGGCCUGUCACCAGGAGUGCCACCAUUCCCAGCAGGGACAGCCCAGCUGGUGGCAGUGCCACUGUCCCUGUCAAGGCCACUCCAUCCAGGGGCAGUGCCACCACGGGGGACAGGCCAGUCAGUGGUGACACUGUCCCUGUCAGGGACAGCUCAUCCCGGGGCAGUGCCACUGUCCCCAGGCAGGACAGCUCACCCAGGGCCAGUGGCAUUGCUGGGGACAGGCCGGUCACCAGGAGUGCCACUGUGCCUGUCAGGGACCGCUCACCUAGGGCCAGUGCCACUGGGGACAGGCCAGCCAGUGGCAGUGCCACCCUCCCUGUCAGGGACAGCCCAUCCAGGGCCAGUGGCACUGCUGGAGACAGGCCGGUCACCAGGAGUGCCACCAUUCCCAGCAGGGACAGCCCAGCUAGUGGCAGUGCCACUGUCCCUGUCAAGGACAAGCCUGUCACUGGCAGUGCCACCAUCCCUGUCAGGGACAGCUCAUCCCGGGGCAGUGCCACUGUCCCCAGGCAGGACAGCUCACCCAGGGCCAGUGGCACUGCUGGGGACAGGCCGGUCACCAGGAGUGCCACUGUCCCUGUCAGGGACAGCCCAGCUGGUGGCAGUGUCCCUGUCAAGGCCACUCCAUCCCGGGGCAGUGCCACCACUGGGGACAGGCCAGUCAGUGGCAGUGCCACUGUCCCUGUCAGGGACAAGCCGGUCCCUGGCAGUGCCACUGUCCCUAGGAGGGACAGCUCACCCAGGGCCGCUGGGUCUGGGGACAAACCGGUGGCUGGCAGUGGCACCGUCCCCAUCAGGGACAGCUCCUCCAGGAGCAGUGCCACCACUGGGGACAGGCUGAGCAGGGGCAGUGUCCCCGUCAGGGACAGGUCACCCAGAGACAGUGGCAGCGGGGACAGGCCAGGCAGGGGCAGUGCCACCAUCCCCAUCAGGGACAGGUCACCCAGAGACAGUGGCAGUGGGGACAGGCCAGGCAGGGGCAGUGCCACCACUGGGGACAGGCCAGGCAGGAGCAGUGCCACUGUCCCUGUCAGGGACAGGCCAGGCAGGGGCAGUGGCGGUGUCCCCGUCAGGGACAGGUCACCCAGAGAUAGUGGCACUGGGGACAGGCCAGGCAGGGGCAGUGCCACCAUCCCUGUUGAGGACAGACCAGGCAAGGGCAGUGCCACCAUCGGGGACAGGAUGGUCAGGGGCAGUGCCACUGUCCCCAUCAGGGACAGCUCAGACGGUGGCAGUGCCACCAUCCCUGUUAAGGACAGGUCAGCUAGAGCCAGUGGCAGCACAGGGGACAGGUCGGUCAGGGGCACUGCAGGGGACAGGCCAGUCCCUGGCAGUGCCACCACUGGGGACAGGCUGGUCAGGGGCGGUGCCACCAUCCCAGUUAAGGACAGCUCAUCCAGGACCAGUGACACUGGGGACAGGCCAGCUAGUGGCAGGGCCAUCAUCCCUGUCAGGGACAACGCAGCCAGGGGCAGUGCCACCCCUGGGGACAGCUCAGUCCUUGGCAGUGCCACCCCUGGGGACAGGCUGGGCAGGGCCAGUGCCACUGUCCCCAUCAGAGGCAGCACAGCCAGGGGCAGUGUCACCCCUGGGGACAGAUUGGUCAAGGGCAGUGCCACCAUCCCUGUCAGGGACAAGCCGGUGUCUGGCAGUGCCACCAUCGCUGUCAGGGACAGCUCACCCAGGGCCACUGCUGUUGGGGACAGGCCAGUGAGGAGCAGUGCCACCACUGGGGACAGGCCAGUGAGGAGCAGUGCCACCACUGGGGACAGGCUGGGCAGUGGCAGUGCCACCACUAGGGACAGGCCAGUGAGGAGCAGUGCCACCACUGGGGACAGGCUGGGCAGGGACAGUGCCACCACUAGGGACAGGCUGGGCAGUGGCAGUGCCACCACUGGGGACAGGCCAGUGAGGAGCAGUGCCACCAUCCCCGUCAGGGACAGGUCACCCAGAGACAGUGGCAGUGGGGACAGGCCAGGCAGGGGCAGUGCCACUGUCCCCAUCAGGGACAGGUCAUCCAGGGACAAUGGCAGCGGGGACAGGCCAGGCAGGGGCAGUGCCACCGCUGGGGACAGGCCGGUCACUGGCAGUGGCGGUGUCCCCAUCAGGGACAGGUCACCCAGGGCCAGUGGCAGUGGGGUCAGGCUGGUCAGGGACAGUGCCACCAUGCCCAUCAGGGACAGGUCACCCCGGGCCCCUGACACUGGGGACAGGCCAGGCAGGAGCAGUGCCACUGUCCCUGCCAGGGACAGCCCGGCUGGGGGCAGUGGCACGGUCAGGGACGUGCCAGUCUCUGGCAGUGCCACUGUCCCCGUCAGGGACAGGGACAGCCCGUCCAGGGGCACUGCCACUGUCCCCAUUGAGGGCAGGCUGGUCACUGGCACUGCCACCGUCCCCGCUGAGGACAGGCCGGUCAGUGCUGGUGGCACUGCUGGGGACAGGCUGGUCACUGACAGUGGCACCUCCCCUGGCAGGGACUGUCCCUCCAGGGACAGUGGCACUCCUGGGGACAGGCCGGUCCCUGGCAGUGCCACUGUCCCUGUCAGGGACAGCCUAUCCAGGGGCACUGCCACCAUCGUGGACACGCCCGUCACCGGCAGUGCCACCGUCCCUGUGGGUGACAGCCCCUUCUGGGCCCAUGGCACCGCUGGGGACAGUGCGGGGGCUGGCAGUGCCACCCUCCCCGUCAGGGACUGCCCGUCCCGGGGCACGGCCACCAUCGUGGAUGCGCUGGUCACCCUGAGUGGCACUGUCAUGGACAGGAGGAUCCUGGGCAGUGUCACCGUCCCCGUCAGGGCCAGCCUGUCCAGGGGCACUGCCACCAUCGUGGACACGCCCGUCUUUGUCAGUGCCACCGUCCUCGUUGGGGACUCCAUCCCCAGGGUCACAGCCACCAUCGUGGAGUCCAGGGUGCCCGGCCAUGCCGUCCUCCCCCUCGGGGACACGCUGGCCUGUGGCAGUGCCACUGUCCCCAUCAGAGAGGGCCCAUCCAGGGACAGUGCCACCAUCCCUGACAAGGACGGGCCAGGCAGGGACGGUGCCACCGUCCCCAUCAGGGAGUGCUCGUCCAGGGACAGUGCCACUGUCCCCAUCAGAGAGGGCCCAUCCAGGGACAGUGCCACUGUCCCUGAGAGGGACGGGCCAGGCAGGCAUGGUGCCACCAGCCCUGUUGGGGCCGGGUCACUGGGUGGCAGUGCCACCAUCCCUGUCAGGGAGUGCCCGUCCAGAGGCAGUGCCACCCUUGGCGACAGGCACGUCACUGGCAGUCCCCCCAUCACGGACACACCGGUCAGUGGCAGUGCCACCAUCCCUGUCAGGGACUGCCCGUCCAGGGGCAGUGGCAGCCUUGGGGACAGGCCCGUCCCUCCCGUCCGCGUCAGUGUCAUCAGGGAUGGCAGGACGGGCACCAGGGUGGCACCGGAGGCCCUGGCACAGCGGGGCCACAGCCGGGCCGGGUCCCCCCCGGGGGACACGCAGGGACAGCCCUGCUCGGGGCACCGCGAGGGACACACGAGGGAGGGCACAGGGAUGGGGUCCCCUGCGUCACACCAGUAAAAACCAGUAAAAACCAGUUACUGCCGUG